AUGGAGGUUGCCUUGAACUGCCUGGUCAACUUGCACCCGCGGGCCUCCUACACCUACCUCUCUCUGGGCUACGAUUUUGAUCUGGAUGACUUGGCCCUGGAGGGUGUAGGGCACUUCUUCCGCGAACUGGCCGAGGAGAAGCGUGAGGGUGCUGAGCGUUUCCUCAAGCUGCAGAACGAUCUCUGUGGCCGUGCACUCUUUCAAGAUGUGCAGAAGCCAUCUCCAGAUGAGUGGGGUAAAACCCAGGAGGCCAUGGAAGCUGCCUUGACCUUGGAGAAGAACUUGAACCAGGCCCUCUUGGGUGUUCAUUUCCUGGGUUCUGCUCGCACUGAUCCUUAUCUCUGUGAAUUCCUUGAAUACCACUUCCUGGAUGAGGAGGUGAAGGUCAUCAAGAAGAUGGGUUACCACCUAACCAACCUCUGA